AUGCAUAAGCUGGUAUUCUGCUGUCUCAUUAUCAUCAGCUUCUCCUGUCCUCUCUUAUCUGUUCCCAUCAUCAACACCAGUGAGAUGUCUUACCAGCUCUCAGACAAUGAAGAUUCCAGGUUGAAUCUGGAGAGGGCUGGUAGCCCAGGGAGCACUUCCCUGCUUCAGUUCCUAGCAGAGCUCCUGGGCACACCAGCUGAAGACAACAAAGCAGGCCUUAGUCGCAGCAGCCACAGCCCAGGAGAAGAUAUCAAAGAGAUUUUCUACGGAAGCCACCCUCGAAUUGCUUUGCUGGGCCGCUUGUUGACCAAGGACAGGAAACAGUACAAGAAACGUGGGAAUCUCUCCGAGUGCUUCUGGAAAUACUGUGUGUAA